AUGCGCAUAUUUUAUGCAGGUGCUAAUAGACACUUGACUCCGAAAAUAGACCGCGGGUUAUUGAUAGACAGACAACGCCUUCCGUGUACGCCACGGCACUCUCGACUCUCGAGGAGUGCAGCAAAAACAGCAGUCUGGCGGUCAGCAGCCGAAGAAGAAAAAGAGAUCCUCCGCAUUCCCGGCAUCGAGAUCGAAAGUACCACGUGCGUUCAGUACGCCGGGCACCUUCCAAGCAUCCGCAGCAUGCAUACUAAGAUCAAGACGGCCGUGGCCGCCGCGUGUGCGAUCUUCGUUUUUUGUGUUGUGGCGGUCGAUUGUAGGAGGCACCAUACGCAAGAAGUGCACAAUUCGCACCAGCCUUCGGGGGAUAUCGAUAAAUAUGUGGUGGUGGAUUCCAAGACUGGGAUUAGGUAUAAUCCUUAUAGCAAGCAUCAUCCGGGGAGGCACGUUUGUGCCAGCCAAAAGCAGGUCAGCCAACCUUUAAAAAGAAAACAACCCUAUUGCAAACCGGUUUACAAAAAAUACAUGGUUCCUUGUAGCCCAGGGUCCAGCCAACUUUGUACUGCUUUAAGGGUAAUAUAUGAAACACACUACAAAGAAAUAACGACAGCACAAACGAACAACGAAGUAACUUAUUCCUGCUGCCCAGGAUGGACACAAGUCAGCCCCAAAAGUCACGGAUGCAACCGACCAAAAUGUUCUAAACCCUGCCAAAACGGUGGAAAAUGCGUAAAACCCGAACUAUGCGGUUGCCUGAAAGGGUUCAGCGGCGUACAAUGCGAAAUUAACCACAACAAACCUGAAUGCCCUAUACCUUGCCAAAACGGCGGAAGAUGCCUUAAAGAGAACUACUGCAGCUGUCCGCGUGGUUUCGGCGGAAAUCAAUGCGAAAUAGAUCUCAAUAAACCUAAUUGUUCCAAAGGCUGCCACAACGGCGGUACGUGCGUCAGACACGAACUUUGCCGUUGCCCCAAAGGAUUCGGUGGACGUCAUUGCGAAGUAGACGUAGACGAAUGCAAGGAAAUGAAGCCCUGCGAUCAAAUUUGCUACAACACGUUCGGCAGUUAUAAUUGCCAGUGCAGAGAGGAUUUUAUUUUGCUUGCCGAUGGACAAUCUUGCCGAAAAGAGGUAAUCGAUACGCCUUUGGAGGCGAAUAAUUUGGAGUUUGAGCAGUUGGAUAAGAGAAUAAUAAAAUUAGAAACGAUGAUGGAUGAAAGUCAUAAAAACGAAGUUUCAAAGUCUGAUAUCCAAAACAUUUACAAAGAUAUUAAUGCCAUGACUAAAGAUGUCUACACUUUAAAAAACAAAUUUGAUGAUAUGGAUAACUACAGAAAUGACAUGCACAUAUUCAAAAAUAAAUUAAGUGAAAUUGAAAGAAAAGCCGAUAAAGUUAACAAUAUAAUCUCAAAUUUUGAUUUUAUUCCUCAUUGGUCUCACUAGACUAAAAUAUGACUGAAAAAAAGUAAAUUACAGGUAUUACACUGUGUUAUAAAUCUGAGAGUAUCGAAAUGUUUACCAUUUUUAAUUCCUGAUAUAUGAGGGUGGCUUAAAAAGUUCAAGGUCUGAAGCCAUACUAGUGACAUCCCUGUUUCAAAACAACGAAAUUUGAGAUUUUUUUAUAAAUUUUGUUUGUCCUUUUCCAUAAAAUAAAAAAAUCAUUACUUUACCAUUUAGGUAUUCUUUUAUUUGUAUACUUUGGGUAAAACAACCUGCUUUUCUCAAAAUAUUUGAAAAAAAAACUAAAAAGCUGUUAAAGCCAAAAAUUUCUUAUUCCUGGGAAUUUUGAAAAAAAGUAAGUUUUAAACAUAAACCUUCAUUUUUAUACAAUUUCAUUGCUACUAUAUUUUGAGUUACCAUCACCAUCUUUUGUUUUUAUAUUGGCCUUAGAUUCCUUGAUUUUUUUAUCUAACCAUUUUCCAAUAUGGUGGCAUUGGUGAAAAACAAAAGAUGGUGGUGGUAAAUCAAAAAUGUGUGCGAAAAAAUCACGAAUUGUAUGAAAAAGAAAAUGGGUGCCCAGUUUUUUUCAAAUUAUUUGAGACCCACUGAUUUUUUGAAUGCCAUAUUAAUAGACUUGUAACAGCUUUUCUCCAACAUUGUAGCUCUUUGAAUAAAAAAGAUACCCAUACAUAAAAGUAUACUUGGUAUGCACAAUAAAAAUCUCAAUAUAAUAAUAUUUAGUAAAUAUGAAACACAGGAUAUCAAUCUAUAAAAUAUAUUUUUUCAGUUAAAGCCAUGUGUAUAUGUAAUUAAUUAAAAUAGGGAUUAUAUAAGAUUAAAAACUGAUUUUCACUGCCAAUAUUGAAUGUAAUAUAACUAUUUAUAUAUUAAAGGUGUUUUAUUUAAAAAAAAACCCACAAAAAUAAAAAAGAAAGAUUUAUUUAACAUGAACUUAUAAAUUACAAUACCAGUCUUACCAACUAAUUUUUCUUGCCUUUGCCCUUCUUGUUUCCUUUCUUAUUUUUGGUCACUUUCCUUUUUCUAGGGUGCACCCAAACAGGGUAAGCACCAUUUUCGUUCCUUAAUGUCCUGGUAUUAAAUUUCUUUUUAAUGUCCAUCAAAUCAACAUCGGUCACCAUGUCGUCUUUCUCGUCUUUCUUCUUUUCUUUGAUUUUGUCUGCCGUUGUGAAUGUCACAAUCUCCGAUACCUCCUUCAUUUGCACAUCUUUUUCUUCCUUGGUAUCGUCAAUGCCCAACGUUUUCUUCAGCCUUUCCAGUUCUUUUUUGCCGUAACGUUCGCGUUUCACAGCCCUGCAUUUACGCCUCCAUUUACUUCUCAUACUUUUUGCCAUCUGAAAAUAAUAAAUUU